CAACAAUAUUGUACUAUACAAAAUGAAAACACCGGCUUAUUUCUGUCUGCUUGUCCAAAUAGGAAAAAUUGUUGGGCAAGUCUUAGAGUUGGAUGAAAGAAUACUAGAUCACAGAAAAAAUGGAAAAUGGUUAUUAGAAUUCUAUGCACCAUGGUGUGGACAUUGUAAAAAGUUAGAACCAAUCUAUCACCAAGUAGGAGCAGCACUCAGGUCAAGUGAUGUUAAAGUUGGUAAAAUUGAUGCCACAAGAUAUACACAUGUGGCAUCAGAGUUUGACGUCAGGGGAUAUCCCACAAUCAAAUAUUCUGAAGGAGAGAAAAUGUACACAUUCCGUGGUGAAAGAUCCAAAGAGGAUAUCUUAGAAUUUGUAAAUAAAGCUCAGGGACCAGCAGUUAGAAAGAUUGCCAGUAUAGGAAAAUAUUAUAAUGUAAAAAGUGAUCAUAGUGACCAAGUAUUUUUCCUUUAUAUCGGUGAUGAAGAUCCUCAUGAUGACUUGCUUGUAAAGUAUAGUGAAGUAGCAGACAAAUUUAUUGUACAGAUGUAUUUUUACUCCGGGAAGAAAAAUAUUUUACCAAAGGAUAUUAAGCUUAAAAGCUAUCCAACUGUUCUAGUUUUCAAAGAUUCAGAAUAUUUUGAAUAUGAAGCUCCAGAUGGUAUACCAACUAAGUCCUCAUUAGAAUUCUGGGUAAAUACUGAAAGAUAUCAGGCCUUCCCAAAGGUGGCUGGAGGCAACAUUAAUGAUGUGGCAGAAAUGGGCAAGAUACUGGUAAUGGUGGCCAUUGAUGAAAAUGAUAAAGAAAAUGAGAAAGUUAAUUCUAGGAUCAAAGAUGUCAUAAAUAUACUGGCGAAACAUCAGAAAGACAAGUUCCACAGCCGGUUCCAGUUUCUAUGGAUGCCUGAUGCUGAGACUAUUAAUAGUAUCAUGUUGUCUUUUGCCGCCUCUCCAGUUAUGCUUAUUCUUGACCCAGAGACACAUUAUUUUUACAUGCCACCAUUUAAACUGGAGGAUAUCACAACAGAAAAUCUAGCAGCUUACUUGGAAAGUAUAAAACAUGGUAAAGAAGAUGCCUAUGGUGGAACUGGUUUCUUUAUGAGAGUCAAGAGAUUAUUUUAUGAUUUACUUGUCAUGGUAGUGAGUGUUUGGCAGUCAUCCAGAUGGCUGUUCCUGUUAAUGUUCUGCCUCCCUACAGUAGUGAUAAGUAUCGUCUGCUACAGUUUGUGCUGUAUGGAACCCAUUGAUGAUGAAAAUGCAGAUGAGUUUGAUGAAGACGAAGAUGAAGAUGGAUACUUUUUAGGGAAUAAAGAUGACCUUCCACCUGCUUAUGACGAGCAAGCUUCUAUAGAAACUCCUCAAGCAGUGACUGAUCAUGAAAAAGCAGAAUGAACUUUGAACCAUACCUUAUAUGGAUCCCAUCUACAAAUGACUGAGUCAAGUUAUAUCUUUCUGUGUGUACUGUACAAACCAAGGGAAGUACAUAUUUUGAAUCUUCUUUAAAAGAUAUUCGAGUUAUUUGUGAAAGGAGGCAAUUUUCAUGACAAUUAUAUCUUUCAGGACUGAACUGUCUACAACAAGUGCAAUAUUUAAUUCUGCUUGUCUUGUGCCUUUAUCAAUAUGUAUAUCUUAGAAAUUUUGUGAUAUAUACUACUGUAGAUUCAGAUAUUAUUGCAUGGAUUUAUUAUUGCAAUUUUGUCAUUUUAGACUAAAAUAUGAUUUUAAUUUUUGUGAUAUUGAGAAAAUAUUGUUUAAUUUAUAUAAAGAAUUAAAAUAAAUGCCAAGUUUAAAUUACUACAAGAAUGAAAAACAUCACAAUUAUUUCUGAAUUUACAGUAUUGUCUUGUUUUUGUUAUUUAUUUAAGAUAAGAAUGAUCAGGUAAAGAAAAUAUCCAAAGAGUUUGAUUUUGAAACAAAAAUAGUAGGUUAAAGAGUUAAUACAAUCUUCAUUUUGUUAAAGAAAAAGAAUUAAUUUCUCAGUUAAAUUAAUUUUAAUUGAACCAGAUCAUGAACUUUAAACAUGAAUGUUUUGUUCAGAAACAGUUUGAGUAACUAUGGAUCAAUUCAAAUUUCAUUUAUUUUUGUGGUUGCUAUUUUCUGUGGAUUGUGGAAAGAUUGUUUUUUCAUGGAUAUUUGAUUUUGUUGUUUUGGCAUUUAGAAACUUAUACUUCAUUGAAUAUUUAAAUUUCUUGUUCAGCUUUUCCCAUGUUAUCCCUAAAAUAAUAUUGAAUCACAUAGUUUCUUUAUUUUUUUGUCCUCUUGAAUAUUGUAUAAAAGUGGGAUUUUUUUGCCGAUUUUACAAUUGAAAUAAAAUCCCUAAAUUAUCAUCUUGCCUUAAUUUCAGAAUGAGUGAAAAGACCAAGGUAAAAAAUAAAACUUGCAAAAAAUAUUUUGCCACAUAUUUUGCAAAAUUAGAUACUGUGGAUUCAUUAUUACUCGUGGGAUACUAUUUUUUGUGGAUUGCUUGGGUGCAUUUGAUACAAUUUAAAUGUUAGUUGGAGUUUAUAUAUAUUUUAUCGAAUUGUAUGCACUUUUUGAUAAACCAAAAAAUCAUAUUUCGAUCAAAAUACAAUUUGUUACUUAAUCUAGGAAAAAUGUAAACCCACCAAAAUAAAUGAAUUCUCAGUAUUGGAAAAUAAACCUCUUUCCAGUAUUCUUUAUAAUAAAUAUUUAUUAUCGGAGAACAAAAAAACCACCAUAAAUACAUUUUAUAAGAAAUGUGUUUAUAUGGUAAUAUUACAUAUAUGUUGUUAUACAUGUAUAUUAUAUUGUCUUUUUUUAAUCAUUUUACAAAGAUGGCAUUUCCUUGAAAAUCAAUCACAUUUUUAGAUGUAGAAGAAAAAAAAUACAAGGUUUAUUUAACAAUUUUAUGCCCCAUUUAUGGGCAUUAUGUUUUCUUGUCAUUGCGUCUGUUCAUACGUCUGUCCCGCUUCAGGUUAAAGUUUUUGGUCGAGGUAGUUUUUGAUGAAGUUGAAGUCAAAUCAACUUGAAACUUAGUACAAAUGUUCCCUGUGAUAGUGCGGAUGGGGCGUUCAUUUACUAGGGACAUAUUCUUGUUCAAAUAAUUUAUAUUUCAUCUUUUGUAAAAACUAAAUAAUUUAACACAUGUACUGAAGAAGUAAAUUUAUUAAAAAAUAUUUAUUAAUAUUUUUGGCUCUUCAGAAACUCCAGUAAAAGUUUGUCAGGAUAAAAAAAUGUAUGUAACUUGCUCUUAAAGUAACUAAUCUUAAUAUGGCUCACUUCUCAUUGAUUCUGACUAACAUUUUUAAUAGUUUAUUUAAAUGUCACCAGCCACAACAUUCUCAGGUUUAAAGAGGUAUCUAGGCAAAUAUAGGUUUAUUGUAUAUUUAUUAAGAAUUAUAUGAAUGAAAACAUCAUGUCACGUUAUAUUGCCAGAUUUGUUAAAAUUCUCUCCAAAUAAGUGUACAUUUGUAAUUUAUCAAUGGACUUUAAAUGUCAACUUCAUGAUUUGCUAAGCAUUUAUUGCAUUUAUUGGUAAAAUAUUUCAUUGACUGAUAUGUAAACUAUGUUUUGAAUGAAAGUUUAAGUACCCCUUCAAAAGUAUAUGCCGUUUUCGUGCUAAGGAGGAAAAUAUGAGAUAUCUGAAUGAUUAAAGUGCUGAUUGCUGUUAUAGAAAGCAACUACCAAGUAAUUAACCGUAUUUCAAUAGACAGUCAUUUGUACUUAUUUAAAAGGUCAAGGAACAGUAUAUGGGCUUUAUGAUAGUUUAAAAAAGCAAAUACCAUAAAUAGAUCAAACUAGUACAAUAGUGUUAUUUUAAGCUGUUUCAUGAAUGUUUUUGUUUGUAAAUUUAUUUUUAAGUGCUGAGCAUAAGAUUUUUUAUAUUGUUGAGUAUUGUGUAUUUUGAUGUGAACUGCUCAUUGUGUAUAUGCUGUUGUUUGAAUAAGAUGAUUGUAUUUCAUGACAAUUCUUAAUAAAUAUGAAAUCCAU